AUGAAAAAAUUAAAGAACAAACUCACCUCAAAACUACAACCCUCAAAACCCUCAGAACCAAACCACCCACCAACCAAACCCUCAAAACCCAACAGUCUAGAAAUCCACACCCUAUACUCAGACCCGCACCCAGAUAUCGACAUAAUCGCCAUCCACGGCCACAACGGCCACUACACUGAAACCUUCACCCACCCCACCACCCAAAACAACUGGCUCACCACCCUCCUCCCAGCCCUCACAACCAGCACCGGCCACCACCCGCGCAUCCUCUCCUUCUCCUACACCAAAACCGCCGAAGCCUCCCUUGGAACCUCCUUCAUCGCCUCCUCCUUCCUCUCCACCCUGGUCUCCCUCCGUCCCGACCCCUCCCGCCCCAUCCUCUGGAUCGCGCACUCCUUCGGCGGACCCCUGCUCCACGGGCUCCUCAGUCUCGAUGGUGCCGAAGGCGUAAACGAUAUCCGGGUCGCCACGAAAGCGAUCUUGUUCUUUGGGGUGGAUAAGGCGGGGGGCGGAUGGACUAACCUCGCGCUGGCGAGUGAGGAGGCGGGGAUGAGUGCCGAGAUGCGGAAACUGCGGGCGGAGGUUGUGUGGUUAGGAAGCAGCGAGGUCAGAUAUCGGGAGUUGUUUCGGGAGAGGGGGUGGUUUGUGAGGUUUUUCUUGGAGGGGGGGGAGGGGGAAGGGGAAUUGACGCAGGAGAAUGUGGUGAGGUUAGGGAAGAGGCAUGGGGAGAUGGUUAGGUUUGCAGGGGAAGAAGACGAGGAUUGGAUGAGGGUUAGGGAUGUGUUGGUUGAGGUUUUGGAGAGGUGUUUUGGGAGAGGGGAGGGGAAAGGGGUUGUGAGAGAUGAAUGA